AUGGCGCCCCCAAAAGCACAGCGGGCGUCAGAUUUUUUCCGACAAGGUAGGAGAGACAAAACGCGGCCGGAGCAAGAUGGCGGCGGCUCACACUCCCCAACACCUGCCUCAGAUCAGGGAUCCGACACAGAGGCACUACAGCCUCCCCCUGGGGAUAUCUCUCUUUCGGAGGCAAAAAUGGCUGCAAUGCUGCAGGAGCUCCGCUCCUCCAUGAAAGAGGACUUACAACUGGCGGUUAAUGACAUCCGCAGAGAGGUGCAUGAGGUGGGGACACGCCUAAAUGUCCUUGAGGAGAAAACAGAUGAUUUAUGCCAGGCUAAUGACGGCAUCUUGGAAAAGAUCCGCCUAAUGGAGUCGGAGCAAGCGCGCCUAACAGCCAAACUGGCGGACCUAGAGGACCGAUCACACCGAAAUAACAUCAGGGGAUUCCCUACGAAAUUGCUGAUCUGGAGAAAUGGAACCCUAACAAAGCUGGAUGACCCAGACCAGGGUAUGCACAAGCUGAAAGCCUGGGGACUCUUCCCGGACCGUGCGCCGCCCAACCACCCAGCAUCUCCAGGACAGGUGGCCCAGGAGUGGACCAAAGUCCAAAGGAAGAAGUGA